GGGGGGGGGGAGGGAGAUGUAAAAGGCGAGCGUUGAGGGGCCAGGGAACGGGGUGGGGUGGGAUCCCCUCUACAUACCCAUCUUCAAAGCAGCGAGGGGAGGCCGCCUCUUUUGGAUAGAGAGGUGUGUUGCCCUCUGAGGAAAGCUGCGCGAGCUGCCUCCCCACGGAAAAACAAUAACCAAAGCCUACCUCCCUUCCCUCGCACCCCCACCCCAAACCAACCUUGCCUGAAGGAACCGGCGCCCUCCUUGUCUGCAUGGGGAGGGAAACGAGCCUGGCUUGCGGAGCGGGGAGGGAUUUCCUGUGCGGGCUCGCCUGAGAAAAGAGGGACUUGGAAAGUGGGGUGGCGGCGGCGGCUUGGAAGGAGAGAUUUCUGCCCUCCUUGUCACACACAUGCACGCUUUCGCCUGGCUAGGGAGCGAAACUGGGUCGAGGUAGUUUUCCUUGGGAUUUGCAUGUCUUUGCAGUCUUGCUUGCUGGUGCGGCAGCCCCGGGUAGAGUAAAGGAGCUGGGGAGACGGCGGCUGGGGGGGGGGUGUUGCUGUUGUGCGGCUGGCUGAGAUAGGGCUCUCUCGUAGGGUCGCUUCCUUUCUUUCUCCUUCCUCUUAAAGCACGGGCAGAAGAGGAAGAAAGAGAGUGAAGUCGAAGACAUACAUCCGUAGGAAGCGUCGGGGGAGGGUGUGUGGGGAACCCUGAAAAUGAACGUCGGCGAUGGCCUCGCGACCGCUCCUUUUCUGGACGAGGGGCAUAAUGAAAACCCUGUUGUCGCCACUGCCCUGGCUACUUUUUGAAUUUUAUCGGGGGAACUAGCUUGGACGUAUUCUUCCUGAACUCGUGGAGCAUUUUACGGAAUUACUGCAACGGAGGGAACCUACUGGCUUCUUGUUUUGUUUGGCUUUUCUUUCUUUUUGGAAAAUACUGAUUUGUUUUUUUAAAAAAAGCUCUUAAGAUGGAAAACGAGAUUUUCACACCUCUUUUGGAGGUCUUCAUAUCCAGCCCUCUUGUUACUUGGGUUAAGACAUUUGGACCGUUAGCUGGAGGAAAUCCAACAAACUUGGACGAAUAUGUUGCGCUUGUGGAUGGAGUUUUCUUGAAUGAAGUCAUGCUUCAAAUCAACCCUAAGGCAUCUAGUCAAAGAGUAAAUAAGAAAAUCAACAAUGACGCAUCACUUCGAAUUCAAAAUUUAUCUAUUUUGGUGAAGCAAAUAAAAUCAUACUAUCAGGAGACAUUGCAACAAUUGAUUAUGAUGCCUUUGCCAAACAUCUUGAUAAUUGGCAAAAAUCCCUUUUCAGAACAAGGCACUGAAGAAGUAAAAAAGCUGCUUCUACUCCUCCUUGGAUGUGCAGUUCAGUGUCAGAAGAAAGAAGAAUUCAUUGAAAGAAUCCAAAGUUUAGACUUUGAUAUAAGAGCUGCUGUUGCUGCCCAUAUACAAGAGGUAACUCAUAAUCAGGAAAAUGUGUUUGAUCUCCAGUGGAUGGAUGACAGUGCUCUGUCACAUGACUAUAUUGAGUCUCUCCUAAAAAAUAUGGCAUUGCAUUUAAAAAGGCUUAUAGAUGAGAGAGAUGAGCAUUCUGAGACUAUCAUAGAACUCUCUGAAGAACGAGACUCUCUUCAUUUUCUACCUCAUGCAUCAGCAGCACAAUCACCUUGUGGAUCUCCAGGCAUGAAGCGCACUGAAAGUAGGCAGCACUUAUCAGUGGAACUAGCAGAUGCCAAAGCAAAGAUCAGAAGGCUUAGACAAGAGCUUGAGGAGAAGACUGAACAGUUGCUGGAUUGCAAACAAGAACUGGAACAAAUUGAAGUUGAAUUGAAAAGACUGCAGCAAGAGAAUAUGAAUUUGCUUUCAGAUGCCCGUUCUGCCAGGGUGUACCGUGAUGAACUUGAUGCUCUCAGAGAGAAGGCAAUCAGGGUUGACAAGCUUGAAAGUGAAGUCAGUCGAUAUAAAGAGAGGCUACACGAUAUUGAAUUCUACAAGGCUAGAGUAGAGGAGCUAAAAGAAGAUAAUCAAGUACUUCUAGAAACAAAGACAAUGUUGGAAGAUCAGUUGGAGGGAACCCGAGCCCGUUCCGAUAAACUGCACGAACUGGAAAAGGAAAACUUACAGUUAAAGGCAAAACUUCAUGAUAUGGAAACGGAACGUGAUAUGGACCGGAAGAAAAUUGAGGAACUUAUGGAGGAAAAUAUGACACUUGAAAUGGCUCAGAAGCAAAGUAUGGAUGAAUCACUGCAUUUGGGCUGGGAACUUGAACAAAUAAACAGAUCAUCCGAAGUUUCUGAAGCUCCACGAAAGUCACUUGGUCAUGAAGUGAAUGAAUUGACAUCAAGUAGGUUACUGAAACUAGAAAUGGAAAACCAAAGUUUGCUAAAGACUGUGGAAGAGUUGCAAAAUGCAGUGGGAUCUGCAGAAGGCAGCAGUUCAAAAAUGCUGAAAAUGGAAAAGGAAAACCAAAGACUAAGUAAAAAGCUGGAAGGACUUGAGAAGGAACUUUCUGAAGAGAAACAAGGUCUUCAGAAUAGUCAGAAUCUUAGCAGAGAUCUAAUGAAAGAGAAAGCCCAACUUGAAAAGACUAUUGAGACUCUAAGAGAAAACUCAGAGAGACAGAUUAAAAUACUGGAACAAGAGAAUGAGCAUUUGAAUCGAACAGUGGCUUCCCUCAGACAGCGUUCACAAAUCAGUGCUGAAGCAAGAGUGAAAGAUAUUGAGAAGGAAAAUAAAAUUCUCCAUGAAUCUAUUAAAGAGACAAGCAGUAAAUUAAAUAAGAUAGAAUUUGAAAAGAAGCAACUGAAGAAAGAGUUAGAACAUUAUAAAGAGAAGGGAGAAAGAGCAGAUGAACUGGAGAAAGAAGUUCAACAUCUUGAAAAAGAAAAUGAACUAUUACAGAAAAAGAUUACCAACUUAAAGAUUACGUGUGAAAAAAUAGAUUCCUUAGAACAAGAGAACUCAAGUCUAGACGCUGAAAACAGAAAGCUGAAAAAGACUCUAGAUAGUCUUAAAAAUCUCAGCUUUCAAUUAGAGUCCUUAGAGAAAGAGAAUACACAACUUGAUGAAGAGAAUUUAGAGCUCAGAAGAACAGUUGAAACUUUGAAAAGUACAAAUAUCAAGAUGGCUCAGUUAGAGCUAGAAAAUAAAGAACUGGAAAGUGAGAAAGGACAGCUUCAAAAGAGCCUGGAUCUUAUGAAAACUUCUUUUAAGAAGACUGAACGCUUAGAAGUAAGUUACCAGGGUUUGGAUACAGAAAACCAAAGACUGCAGAAAGCCCUAGAAAACACCAACAAAAAAAUUCAGCAUCUAGAAAGUGAACUACAGGAUCUAGAGACAGAAAAUCAAACCUUACAAAAAAAUCUGGAAGAACUCAAAAUCUCUAGUAAACGCUUAGAAAAAUUGGAAAAAGAGAACAAGCUUUUGGAACAAGAGACCUCUCAGCUAGAAAAAGAUAAGAAACAGCUGGAAAAAGAGAACAAGAGGCUUCGACAACAAGCAGAUAUUAAGGACAGCACAUUAGAAGAAAAUAAUGUAAAAAUUGGUGAUCUGGAAAAAGAGAACAAGUCACUCGUUAAGGAAAUUGGUAUAUGUAAAGAAGCUUCUAUUCGUUUAAAAGAGAUUGAAAAGGAAAAUAAAGAGCUUGUAAAAAGAGCCACCAUUGACAAGAAAACACUUGUCACAUUACGGGAGGAUUUGGUGAAUGAAAAACUGAAGACACAGCAGAUGAAUAAUGAAUUAGAAAAGCUUACACAUGAACUUGAAAAGAUAGGUUUAAAUAAGGAGCGCCUCUUGCAUGAUGAGCAGAAUUCAGAUGAUAGCAAAUACAAACUACUGGAGUCAAGAUUAGAAUCCACAUUGAAAAAGUCGCUUGAAAUAAAAGAAGAAAAAAUUGCUGCUUUGGAAGCUCGAUUAGAAGAAUCAACAAAUUUAAAUCAACAACUGCGCCAGGAACUUAAAACAGUGAAAAAGAAUUAUGAGGCCCUCAAGCAAAGACAGGAGGAAGAGAAAAUGGUACAGAAUUGUUCUUCAAAAACUGAUGAAGAAAGUUUGUCUGUCAAUAAAUGGGAACGAGAAAGCCAAGAAACUACUAGAGAACUUUUGAAGGUUAAAGAUAGAUUAAUUGAAAUUGAGAGAAAUAAUGCAACUCUGCAGGCAGAGAAGCAAGCCCUGAAAACACAACUAAAGCAGCUUGAGACGCAGAACAAUAAUGUGCAAGCUCAGAUUGUGGCACUUCAGAGACAGACUGUUUCCUUACAGGAGCAAAAUACAACGCUGCAAACUCAAAAUGCCAAGCUUCAGGUAGAAAAUUCUACUAUUAAUUCGCAAAGUACAUCUCUUAUGAAUCAGAAUGCACAAUUGCUGAUUCAGCAGUCUGCCUUGGAAAAUGAAAAUGAGUCUAUAAUAAAGGAACGUGAGGAUCUGAGAUCGCUAUAUGAUUCACUCAUCAAAGAUCAUGAAAAACUGGAACAGCUUCAUGAACGGCAAGCUACUGAAUAUGAAUCUCUAAUUUCCAAACAUGGAAACCUUAAGUCAGCACACAAGAAUCUUGAGGUGGAACAUAAGGACUUAGAAGACAGAUACAACCAGUUGCUGAAACAAAAAGUGCAAUUAGAAGAACUGGAAAAAGUUCUCAAAGCAGAACAAGAGAAGAUGCUACAGCAAAACAAAAAACAUGAAACAGUAGCAGCGGAAUACAAAAAGCUUUGUGAAGAAAAUGACAGAUUGAAUCAUACAUAUACCCAGCUUUUGAAAGAAAAUGAAAUUCUCCAAAUGGAUCAUAAGAAUUUGAAAACAUUACUGAACAGUUCUAAAUUGGAACAAACAAGGUUGGAAGCUGAAUUUUCCAAACUCAAAGAGCAGUACCAACAGCUGGAUAUUACGUAUACAAAACUGAAUAAUCAGUGUGAGUUGCUUAGCCAGCUAAAAGGAAAUUUGGAAGAAGAAAACAGACAUCUGUUGGAUCAAAUACAGACAUUAAUGCUGCAAAACAGAACAUUAUUAGAGCAGAAUAUGGAAAGCAAAGAUCUAUUCCACGUUGAACAAAGGCAGUAUAUUGACAAGCUAAAUGAAUUGAGAAGACAAAAAGAGAAAUUGGAAGAAAAGAUUAUGGAUCAGUAUAAAUUUUAUGAACCAUCUCCUCCAAGAAGGAGAGGUAAUUGGAUUACUCUGAAAAUGAGGAAACUGAUAAAAUCAAAGAAGGAUAUUAACCGAGAGCGCCUCAAAUCUCUAACUCUGACCCCAACCCGCUCAGAAUCUAGUGAAGGAUUUCUUCAGCUGCCACUUCAGGACAGUCAAGAUAGUUCCUCGGUGGGCUCAAAUUCACUGGAAGAUGGUCAGACCAUGGGGGCUAAGAAAAGCAGCAUGGUUGCACUGAAAAGACUGCCCUUUUUGAGGAACAGACCGAAGGAAAAAGACAAAAUGAAGGCCUUCUACCGUCGCUCCAUGUCCAUGAAUGACCUGGUGCAGUCCAUGGUCCUAGCAGGAGGACAAUGGACAGGUAGUUCUGAGCAUCUGGAGGGUCCUGAUGAUAUAUCUACGGGUAAAAGGAGAAAAGAAUUGGGAUCUAUGGCCUUCUCUACUACAUCCAUCAACUUUGCAACUGUCAACUCUGCUGCAGGCUUGAGAUCCAAGCAGUUGCUUAAUAAUAAAGAUGCUACAUCUUUUGAAGAUGUAAGUCCACAAGGAAUUAGUGAUGAUUCUAGUACAGGAUCAAGAAUUCAUGCUUCCAGACCAGCCAGCCUUGAUAGUGGCAGAACAUCCACUAGCAAUAGCAAUAAUAAUGCCUCACUCCAUGAAGUCAAAGCAGGCGCAGUUACUAACCAAAGCAGGCCACAAAGCCACAGCAGUGGAGAAUUUAGCCUGCUUCAUGAACAUGAUGCAUGGUCCAGCAGCAGCAGCAGUCCCAUCCAAUAUUUGAAAAGCCGUGCCAGGUCUAGCCCCAUGCUCCAUCCUAAAAUGUCAGAAACAAUGGAUAGACCAAGAACACACAGAAUUAAAACUGACUCCCCUGGAAGUGAAGUGGUUACUCUCCAGCAGUUCUUGGAAGAAAGUAAUAAAGGUACUUCGGUUGAGCUCAAGUCCUCAAGCCAAGAUAAUCUUUUGGAUGAAGUAAUGAAAUUUUUUUCUGAAAAUGCUGAAUUAGUCGGAAGAGAUAAAUUAAGAAAACAGUCAUCAGGCAGCGGUGGUAUUGCCAGAUCACAGAGUGUGAAAAACACAAUGGAGUUCUCUGAUCUAAAGUCAGCUAAACAAGGACACCUUACAAUGCCCAGCUCGCGUAGAAUGGAAGAUGCCAACUUUGCAAACUCUUCAAAAACACUUACAGCAGGCACUAAAGGAAGGGCCAGGUCUGUUAAAGAGAGUGUACAAUCACAACGACAAUCAAAAGAUUGUAAUCCUUAUGCUACUUUACCUCGUGCAAGCAGUGUGAUUUCGACUGCAGAAGGAACUACUCGGAGGACAAGCAUCCAUGAUUUUUUGUCUAAGGACACUAGGCAGCCAGUAUCAAUUGAUCCAACUCCACCUACAGGUGACAGAAGCGUCCCAUCAGCUUCUAAUGUGGAAGCUAAACCAGAAAACAGAAAUUCAAAAAGCAGGUCUAGGGAGCAACAAAGCUCCUAAUUCUAUUACCCCCACUACAUGAGAUGUGGGCCAAGUGAGAGAAAAGUGUCCUUCAGUAUCUCAGUGUGAAGCCUUUAUUACUGAAGUAACAAGGCAUCCGGCUAUAGGAAUCAUGUUGUGUUUUUAAAAAAUAGUUGAAAGUUUUUACAGGCCUACAUGAAUAGAACAAUCAAGAAAUAAGCAUCUUCUUUCCUUGAAUCAAGGAGCUGUGCUGGUGUCUCCUGCUGAAUUUUUUUAAAGAAGGAAUUUAUUGCACAUUGCACUGUUAAGAUCUACUGAAUAAAGGACAGCUUUAACCUCUCUAACGACCAAGGGUUGUGUAUGGCCUCAAGAAUUGCUCCAGGAACUCAAUUGCUUUUUUUCUUCAUUCCUUUAUGAACCCAUCACCAACUGCUUACUGCUUCUGCUAAUAAUUAGCAAUAUUUAGUUCUGUAAAUCUGAAAGGGGAGAAGGCUGUAGUAUAUUGUGGGAUUUGUUGUAAAUACAGGUACAAAAACGAACCCCUCAAGCUUAUUUUAUUGGUUUGCAUAAUUUGCAUGAUGUUGCUCUUUGUAAAAUGAGACUGCUGGUUAUUUUGCUGCAAAUGGAAAGACAAAAUUGUUUAGGUACAGUACCUGAAAACAUAGCUAAACACUUUAACCCACACUCUACAUGAAUUCUUUUGUUCAAUGAGUUUGCAAGGCAACAAGUUAUUUUGCAAAACAAUACAAUUAGGGUGGGGUGGGGUGGGGGCAGGGAAACGAUGGAAUUAAUAUUCCUGGAACUUUCUAUGUCCAAUAAAACAAUCUCUGUUUUCAACAAAUACAAAUUUUGGAACAAAACUCUCUUUAAGUUAAGUAUUUUGUAUUUUUACUUGUGUUUUUAAAUUUGUGAUUUUGUUAGCUUAUUAUGGUUUAGGAGGAAGCUUUAUGGGGGAAGACCAAGGUAAACAAGGUUCUGAUAAGCAUUUUGAAGCCAUUCCUUUUAUUAAGGCUCUUACUAAUAUUUCAACCUUUUUGUUCCUUAUAAUUGUAUAUGAAUUAAGAUUUAUUAAUGCUGUUGGUACUUUAAAAAUAUUUGUUGUAUGCAUUUGUCUUAAAACUCUUGCAAAGAGCACAGGAAAAUAGAUUUGGUUAAUCCUGGGAAAUGUACAUGAAAUUAUCCUGGUUUAUAUUAAAUUUCAAAGGUUUAUUUUCUUACAAGUCACUAAAUGUAUUAAUAUUUCCAUGACAAUAUACCACAUUUUAACCAUUUAACCUCAUUGGGGUUCAUUCAACCUUGCUAAUAUUUAUGCACAUGAGCAUCCUUAAACCCUCACCACGCUUCAUUUUUAUUUCAGCCAAACUAUUUGCAAGGAGUUGUACUAUGUCUAAAAGCUCAGCCCUUGCUAAUCUGGGGCCCACCAGAUGUUUUGGUCUACAACUCCUAUCAGUCCCAGCCAACAUGGCUGCUGGCUGGGUCUGCUUCAUCUCAGGGUCGUGGGUUCGAGCCCCAUGUUGGGCAGAAUUUUCCUGCUUUGCAGGGGGUUGGACUAGAUGACCCUCGUGGUCCCUUCCAGCUCUAACAAUUCUAUGAUUCUAUGGAGCAUUGCUGGGACCACACCCCCUAUGUUAAUAUCAAAACCAUUUUUUUAAAGAAAGCAUUUUGUACAGCGUUGCAAACUUUUAUUGCAGCCAUCAGGCUACUUGCAAAUGAUUACUAAUGUUAUUUGUAAUGUAAUAAUAGGUCCUGUCUCCCCCACUGACAAAUGAAACAGCAAGGUGCAAAUGAAACACAGCAGGGGCCAGAUAGGCAGAGCAGCUCACCAUUCCAGUCCUGUCCUGAGAGCAACAACAUUCAGAAUCCUCCCAUGGAUGUGUCAAGCAUGUUUCUGAACAGCAAGCAUGUAACUGGAUGAAGCCACACACACACACACACACACACACACACACACACACACACACACACACACACCAAGUAGGACAUCUAAUGUCCAGGCUUUUUAUUUUGUUCUGUGCGGUUUUAAUCUUAUGGCUUAAUUUUGGUUCAGGCUGCGCAUCUUUCAACCCUGGAGGGGAAGCGUAUUAUAAUUACUUGUAAUAAAUAAUAAUAAAUUACAGGCAGCAUACAGCUAGUGUGUGUGGAGAGUCUCUUCAGCAGCAGCCUAAAAGUUGUAUGUACAGUACUUCCUACCCUCUGCAUGGGAUGGUAGGAUUGUAGCCCUAAAAGGUAAUUUCUGAGUCCAUGGCCUUUCAAAUAUUACCAUGCACCCUUGACUAUGAUUUUGUCAGAAUAAAAUUAAAAUAAAAUGAGUGAACGGUAAGCUCCCCUUGAUUGUCAUAAGGGGAAAACAGGAGAGGACGGAUACUAGGCAUAUGAAAAUCACAUAAAACACAUCAGUAAUUUUGUUCAGUAGCAGGUUAUGCCACCCUGUCUUGUGUCACCAGUCUCUUCCCCUUUGAAGAUAUGGGAUCUUUUAAAAGGAUGAUUUUAAUAUCUGGGAACACUGAUGUUUCUAAAUGUGGGUGUACAUGAAGAUGGUGAUUAGCUAGCAUUGUAGAUCAGCUUGUUUUUUUUAUGAACUGAUCCUAAGCUUCUGUUGCUUUGUUUAGACUCUCAAGCUUUUGGGAACAAUCGUACAUUUUGUCAUGCAUUUACCAACCCGCUGUUUGACCAUACCUAUUUUCUUAAGAUUUGCACCUUUUUGAGCUUUGCACUUGUUUCCUAUUCCUGUGUGCUUUGGCUUAAUGAUUUGUUUCACGUGCACUCUACCUUUCUACAGGCAAUUAUAUCAGCUAGAGACUGACUAUCAUCUACCUGGAACUUCUCUUGUGCAUGCAGGCCUCCCUUGAAGUCAAAGGGAGUUGCGCAAGAGUGUUGCUUUAUUUUCACAACACUUGCACAGGCAAAGUGAACGCAAGAUCAUGCCUUUUAUGAUUUACCUAUUUUGGCAAUAGGCUGGAGUUAGCACUAUGUGUAAGGUUUUGUUGGUGGUUGUUUUUGUUUUUGUUUUAAAUAGCAUAAUUCAAAGUUUUAGACCGGAAUACAAUCUUCCCUUAACAAAACUUAUUUCAUUGAUAUUUUGCAGAGGAAGAGGCUCAUGAGCUGCAAGCAUUUUGCUUCUCUCGCUCUUUCUCAACAAGCCUAGUAAUUUGUUUUGUAUAAAGCCAGAUGGUUUUCUGCUAACAGCUUAACAGAAAACAGUGCCUGGAUUUUAUGCAGAACCAAAGCCCUGUAUAUUUUUAGCUUCCCUUUCCAGAGCACAUUGAGGAGUAUAACCUGGCUCCCUGAUCUCUCUAGACUCCACCACUUAUGAAUCUGAAAGAAAAUUGAAAUGGUCCUCCCACUUCAUCUCAAUUUUCAUUGCAGUCUACCCCAUUUCUAAAAAUAAUUAACUUUUAAAAAAACUUUAUAAAGUCUGUGACAGUGUCAGAAAUUAAUGUGUCACUUCAUCUGUUUAAAUCCCAGCACCUUUAAAACUAAAUGCAAGGGCUUUUUCACCGCACAAGACAAUAUCCAGCAGCUGGAAAGUGGAAGCUGGAAAUGUGUUGUAAUACAAUGAAAUGUUUUAAUUUCCGCUCUGCUGCUGCAGUUGCCAAGGCUACAAUCGCCUUUUCCAGAAUGCAUUGUUUCUUAAAAUGUUUUGUGUUCUGAGAGACUGAGCAGCUCCAGCAAUAGUGUGAACUGUUGUGUGUAUGUGUGAGUAUGUGUGUGUAGCUCAAGCAUUGUUAAGAAUGGAACUGCCUUAAAAGGAGGGAGCGCCUGGGUGCGACACAAACUGUUUAAACACUGUUUUACAGAAGCUGUUAUUUAAAGCUGUAGUUUUCCUUUCUUAUACCUAUUAAGGAGUUUUGUAAUGUUUGCCAUUGUACACUACUUAAUUAUGUUAUUAAAAUUCCAAGCCAAAUAACUCAACUUUCCCUCUCUCUUUAUUCGCCUUUUUCAAAGAUGCUUUUAUUUGGUCCUUCCUGAGUCUAAAGUUAAAUUAAUAAGGACUCUGUAUCUCGAAAAUGAUAAUAAAAUCAUUUUUGUUGCUUAUAGCCACCACCCAUCAUACCUGAGUGGCAAACAAUUAAGUCAAAUGUGGUUGU